GUGACUUUGCUUCAGUUCAUUACAGAGAGAGAGAGAUGAGUACCGGGCUUGGGCGUCUGUUGUUGGCUGGGGCAGUCAGGGGACCCCGGUGUUUGCUGUUUGGUGGACUGGCAAACCGAGCAGCGCUGAGAGAGUUUGUGAAGCAGAAUUUUGUUAGACACCACAGUGCUCCAUGGAGACUACUGCCAUCAUUAUCUUUAUUGUGUGAUAAACCACCCAAAGGGUUUGAGAACUUUUUCCAGAAGAAUACAAAGGAUUCAAAACAAGGGAACCUUCCUGGAGAAAAUGAAAAAACUAAGGAUUCUGGCUCACAAGGAAACAAUGGGAGUAACAAGAAAAAAGAUAGCAAGAAAGAUGAGACUUUGUGGUGGAGAAGACUACAGAAGGGAGACUUCCCAUGGGAUGAUAAAGAUUUCCGCUACCUUAUUAUUAUGGCUGCUGGAAUUGCUGCUGGAUUUAUCAUGUUCUCUUUGCGAGACCCAGGAAAAGAAAUCAACUGGAAAGAGUUUAUACACCUGUACUUGGCACGAGGCAUGGUGGACCGUCUGGAAGUUGUCAAUAAGCAGUUUGUAAGAGUGAUACCUGCAGCAGGAUCCAGCUCCGAGAAAUAUGUGUGGUUUAACAUUGGCAGUGUAGACAGUUUUGAAAGGAACCUGGAGACUGCACAACAGGAGCUGGGAAUAGAGCCUGCCCAGCGUGUGUCUGUUAUAUACUCCGCAGAGAGUGAUGGAUCGUUCCUUAUGAGUCUCAUACCGACACUUCUGCUAGUAGGAUUCUUACUAUUCAGCCUGAGGAGGGGUCCCAUGGGUCCAGGAAGGGGAGGCAGAGGAGGACUUUUUGGAGUGGGUGAAACAACUGCCAAGAUGAUGAAGGGGAACAUUGAUGUGAAAUUUAGAGAUGUGGCCGGAUGUGAAGAGGCAAAACUAGAGAUCAUGGAGUUUGUGAACUUUCUUAAGAAUCCCAAACAGUAUCAGGAGCUUGGUGCCAAAAUUCCCAGGGGAGCUGUGCUUACAGGUCCUCCAGGUACUGGUAAGACCCUCCUUGCAAAAGCUACAGCAGGAGAAGCCAAUGUGCCAUUUAUUACUGUAAAUGGUUCUGAAUUCCUAGAGAUGUUUGUUGGAGUAGGACCUGCAAGGGUUAGGGAUAUGUUUGCAAUGGCACGGAAAAAUGCUCCUUGCAUCCUCUUCAUAGAUGAGAUUGAUGCAGUUGGCAGGAAAAGAGGACGAGGGAACUUUGGAGGACAAAGCGAGCAGGAGAAUACUUUAAAUCAGCUAUUGGUGGAGAUGGAUGGUUUUAAUUCCAGUACAAAUGUUGUGGUUCUGGCUGGGACAAAUCGACAAGAUAUCUUAGACCCAGCUCUGUUGAGACCUGGUCGUUUUGAUCGUCAGAUUUACAUAGGUCCCCCUGAUAUAAAAGGUAGAGCUUCCAUUUUUAAAGUGCAUCUACGUCCCUUGAAGAUGCUGGAGAGUCUUAAUAAGGAUGCCUUGUCUAGAAAGCUGGCAGCUUUGACUCCUGGGUUUACAGGUGCUGAUAUUGCCAAUGUGUGCAAUGAGGCUGCAUUAAUUGCUGCUCGACAUCUGAAUGAAUACGUUGUGGAGAAGCACUUUGAGCAGGCUAUUGAGAGAGUCAUUGGAGGACUAGAAAAGAAGACUCAGGUCUUGCAGCCAGCUGAAAAGAAAACGGUGGCUUAUCAUGAAGCUGGACAUGCUGUAGUUGGGUGGUUCUUGGAACAUGCUGAUCCACUUCUGAAGGUGUCUAUAAUUCCUCGGGGAAAGGGUCUAGGGUAUGCUCAGUACCUCCCAAAAGAGCAGUACCUAUAUACUCAGGAACAGUUGUUUGACCGCAUGUGUAUGAUGCUUGGAGGUCGUGUGUCAGAGCAACUUUUCUUUGGUCGCAUUACCACCGGAGCCCAAGAUGACCUAAAGAAGGUCACUCAAAGUGCAUAUGCACAGAUAGUGCAGUUUGGGAUGUGUGAGAAGCUGGGCCAGGUGUCUUUUGACCUCCCCCGUCAGGGGGAGAUGGUGACAGAAAAACCAUAUAGUGAAGCUACCGCCAAACUUAUUGACGAGGAGGCCAGAAAACUAAUUAGUUCAGCCUACGAGAAGACUUUGGAACUGUUGACGCAAUACAGAGAGCAGGUGGAAAAGGUUGCCAAACGCCUUCUGGAAAAGGAAGUGUUAGAGAAAUCGGACAUGAUUGAGCUGCUAGGUGCGCGCCCUUUUCUUGAGAAAUCAACUUAUGAGGAGUUUGUGGAGGGUACUGGCAGCUUUGAGGAAGAUACCUCACUCCCUGAAGGUCUCAAGGACUGGAACCAAGAGAGAGAAGAAGAGCAGGAGCCCAAAAGACAGGGGAAUGCCUCUUAAUAUCCCCCAUCCCUACCACUGAAGCCCAAAUGUGCUUGCCUCUAUGGUAGGGGCAGUAACUCAGGGACGGUAGCAGCCAGUUAAGGGACCACUUAUCUCAACAUCACUGCUGUACCUCUGUGACUGUACCAUCUGUGCCUCACAAAUACCUAUAGACUGGAUGAUGUCCUUUUGAUAGCACUUUUAUACUGUGCCAGAGGAGGAGCAGUGUCAGUGAGGGGCAGGAGCAUUGCCAGCAACUCUGUGUUAGUAGCACUCAAACAAGUGUACGUUACCGUUACCCUUUAAUGUUAUACAAUGUAUUAUAGAAGACAAAUGUACUGUAGAACAUGUUUGACUUAAUAUGAACAUUUUGUUUAGGGUAUAUUGGGAGUGUUCUUUUGGUAGUUCCAUUUGUGGAGGGACUUUUGGACUGUUGGCGUGUGUUUGCAUAGAGAGGUGUGGUAUUCACAUAUAAUUAUUCUCUCAAGUCAGUCUAAUGAUACUGUCAAUGAGAUGGUGACAGUACUACUCCAGAUACUGAUAUAGUGACAAAGCAUUUUUUUAUUAUUAUCAUUUGGUUAGAAAUUAAUUACUGACAUAGUGACAAAACAUUUGUUUUAUUCUUUGUUUAGAAGUUAGCUAAGGAUGUGUAAAAGGGUUAACACAAAUUCCAUCUUUUAUAUAGGUACAGCUCUCAAAUGAAUCUUGUAUACUGACUGGCUGCAUCGCUAGUUUUCAAAAGUCGCCUUCUGUUAAAUGAAUAUAAUGUUACUAUGCACUUGUUACAGUGUCUGUAUUUGUGUUGACAUUACGGACAGUUAUGUACUGCAAUAUUUUACAAACAUUGCAGCACAUAUUAAGGGCCCAAUGUAUCAAGGGCCACACAGGGGCUCUAAAAAUAUUUUUAAUGCACAAUUUUGAACCUACUCUCCUCUUGCAGACUAUGUGCAGCAAUGGUUGUUACAAAAUGCAGUUCAUGGUAAUGUUUACUGGUCAUUGAAAGGGACAUGAAUUCCAAAGUUUUUCUUUCAUAAUUUCAGAAAGAUAAUACAAUUUUAAACAACUUACCAACGUACUUCUAUUAUCUAAUUUGCCUACUUCUCUUGGUAUCCUUUGUUGAAGACGCAGUAAUGCAAUAUCUGGAGCUAGCUGAAAACCAUUGACUAGAGACCAAUAUCUGCAGCCUUCAAUCAGCAGCUUCUGAGCCUACCUAGGUAUACUUUUCAACUAAGGAUACAUAAAGACAACAAAACAAAUUAGAUAAUAGAAAUAGAUUGAAAAGUUUGUGUUUCACGUCCCUUUAACUGAUAUAACAGCAUUUAUCUUUAGGCCUCUCCCAUUUUAUUUUGGUUGAUCUGAGAACAUAAUUUGGAACACAGCACAGCUUGUCUCUAACUUUAGACUCUAAUGAGUGGAGUUUACAGCACAGCAUGGGAUACAGUUUUACCUCUUAACUUCAAGAACACAUAUCUAACAUGUUUAAUGUUGUGUGAGCUGCAUCCAGUCGGUCAUGGACAGAGUAGCUAGAAUCCUAUAGCAUCAAACAAGAACAUGUUGAAUGUAUCCUGUGUACUUUUCACAUAGUCACUUGUUUCUCUCAUUUUAGCAGUUAUCAGAAAAACAUUAUUCUAUCAUUAGAACUGGGCAGCAGUCCCAGUCUUCCACUGCAAUGUUUAAUUCAGACAGAUAAGCAGUCAGUAUAUUGCAGCCUUCGUGCAUCUUUAAAUGACUUAUAGGUUGCUAUAGUAUCUGAGCCUUUCUGAUGCUGUGUAGGUUCUAUCUGUGGUGAAUUUACAGUGAUAGCUCUGAAAUUCCAACCACUGGCCCUUCACACAUCCAACACUCCUGUAAACUCAUGAAUAAAUGAUAUUUCUUCUAGGAUACAAGGAACACUGUUCUGCUUCCUUACAGUGGCAGAAAUAAUUUAUAAGGCUGAAUUGCUCAUUUUAUUUCUAAUUGACUGCACAGGAACAAAAGAGGAUAUCCCAGACUUUCACAGAAAAAUACUGAUUUCCAGAACUAAGUGACAAGUCCAGAAAUGCAAUUCAUCAACAAAGGCUAUUGUAUAAACCAAACAUUGCUUGUUACUAUUCUAUUCAGCCUGACUUUAAAUGCAACGUUUGUGUUAGUGAUUUAUUUCCAGAUUAUCGGUUAUGUUAAAAGGAUGAAACAUGAAUUCCUUAAUUUCCUGCUCCAUAUGCAACUGUAUUUAUAACAACAUUUCUCAGAUUUUUUUUGUUAUGCUUUUAGCAGGAAAAAAAAUCGGGAAAUCUUAAAGCUUUAAAAAACGACAUCGAACUUUGUAUGAGUGUAUUGUCAGUGAAACAUUUCUGUGAUUUAUUCAUUGUGUUUUUUUUUUUAUUUUUUAAAUUCCAGAUCACAUAUAGGGCUGAAAUGAUUCAGACAUAGGGGCCGAUUUAUUACAUGGCAGGCGGACUUGACUCGCUGUAGUGAAUCAUGUCCGCCCGACAUUGAUAAAUGCUGACAGCAUACACUGUCGGCAUUUAUCAUUGAACAAGCAUUUCCAAAGAAAUGCCGCCCCUUGCACAUUCGCGGCCGCUGCUUCUUAACUCCUGGUUCUGGCAAACCGGAAGGUUCGCGCAGAAUAAGCAGCAUACGCUGCUUAGUAAAUCGGCCCCAUACACUUUUUUUCAUCAGUUGUUUGGUAUUGUUGUCCGUAGUCAUUAACUGCACUAAAUUUACACAUAAAAUGUCUUCUUUUUUCAAAUGAACAAAAAUAUAUUUAUUUUAGUCAUGAGGAAGACAGGUGUUUGUUUCUGUGUCAUUUUAUCACAGAUGUAAAAAGACUGAAAUAUGAAACACAGGAUUGCAUUUCUCAAGUGACAAGUUGUUGCUUCAUUCUCUUUGUAUUCAUCACUUUAUUUGAAAGCAAAUAUUUAUGUCAAGAAGCAUGUAUUAAAAAUAAAGAUUAUUUUAUGAUAGUUCUGUAUGUAUUUGCAUGGUUGGCUUUUAUGUUGGACAUUUGACAUCAUUCUAGUUGCUUUCUCAUUAAAAAUGUUUGUCACUCUUCAAAA